AUGUCCAACGAAGAAUUGACUCCAGAACAAGUCGAGGGCUAUGUUGUGAGUGAGAAAAAGACAAUCGAGGAGUACACCAAGCUUGACGCCGAGGAUGAGAGUUUGGCCAAAUGGAAGGCAUCCCUCGGCUUGUCUGCCUCGGCGAACGCGUAUCCGGUUGCCCCCGGCGACAAGCGCACAGUAGUCAUCGUGGAAAUGGCAUUGGUAUUUCCCGAACUGGAUGAUUUGGAAACAGUUCUGAUUCCUAUGGAGGAUGCCAACGGUGCUACCAUCAAAAAGGACAUCGCUUUCACCAUCAAGGAAAAGACCGUGUAUGAGUUGCGCGUCAAGUUCAGGGUGCAGCACGAAAUCAUCACGGGUUUGAAAUACUUGCAUUCGGUGAAGAAGGGACUCGUGCGUGUUGAUAAAGUGGACGAGCCAUUGGGGUCGUAUGCGCCAAACACGACGGAAAAGCCAUAUUACGAGAAGUCGUUUGGUGCAGUUGAGGCUCCCUCCGGCAUGUUUGCCAGGGGGUCUUACUCGGCCAUCACAAAGUUUGUUGACGAUGAUAAGACGGUACACUUGGAGUUUCCGUGGUCAUUCCAGAUCACUAAGUAG